AUGUCCUUUCGACUUUCUAGUGGAUCUAGGCGCAUCUGCUCUCGAGCUGGCUCUGGCCGGCUGUCUGGUGGAGGAACCGGCUUGGGGGCUGGGAAUGUGUGCAGUGGGUCGGGAGCAGGAAGCAGCUUUUCUUGUUCUUUUGGGGGCGUUUCUCCUGGGGGAGGUUUCUAUAGCGGUGGUGGAGGGUUGGGAAGCGGGAUCUGUGCUGGUUUUCUUGGCAAUGAGCAUGGCCUCCUCUCUGGGAAUGAAAAGGUGACCAUGCAGAACCUCAACGACCGCCUGGCCUCCUACCUGGACCAUGUGCGAGCUCUGGAGGAAGCAAACACAGACCUGGAGCAGAAAAUCAAGGGCUGGUAUGAGAAAUACGGGCCUGGUUCUUGCCAGCAACUAGAUCAUGACUACAGUAGAUAUUCUUCAAUCAUUGAAGAUCUCAAAAGGCAGAUCAUUUCUGUGAGCACCUGUAAUACCAGCAUUGUUCUACGGAAUGACAGUGCCAGACUGACCGCUGAUGACUUCAGGCUGAAGUAUGAAAAUGAGCUUGCUCUGCACCAGAGCAUAGAGGCCGACAUCAAUGGUCUGUGCAGAGUGAUGGAUGACUUGACCCUUUGUACAACCAACCUGGAGAUACAGUGGGAAACACUCAGUGAGAAGUUGACAUACCUCAAAAAUAAUCACAAGGAGGAAAUGGAGGUUCUGCAGUGGGCAGCAGGGGGGAACGUGAAUGUGGAGAUGAAUGCAGUCCCAGGAGUGGACCUAACAGUUCUGCUGAACAACAUGAGGGCUGAGUAUGAGGACUUGGCCAAGCAGAACCACAAAGAGGCUGAGGCUUGGUUUAACGAGAAGAGUGCUAUGCUGCAACAGCAGAUUUCUGACGAUGCGGGAGCAGCCACAGUGGCCAGAAAUGAGCUGAUGGAACUGAAACGCGGUCUACAAACCUUGGAAAUAGAACUCCAGUCCCUCAUGGCUACGAAACAUUCCUACAGCUGCUCCUUGGCAGAGACCGAAGGCUAUUACUGCCGUCAACUCCAGCAAAUCCAGGACCAGAUCGGGGCGAUGGAGGAACAGCUCCAGCAGAUCCGAAAGGAAACAGAAGGCCAGAAGCUGGAGUAUGAACAGCUUCUAGAUAUCAAAAUAUUAUUAGAAAAAGAAAUUGAAACUUAUUUCACAUUAAUAGACGGAGAAGGAAGGAAAAGUAAGUCCACAUGUUGCAAAGCAAAAGGGUGUGAGCCUGCAAAUUCCAAAAAUCAAGUCAAAGAGUCAAAAGAAGAAACUUUUUUUAAAGCAUUGGUCGAGGAGCUAGAUCAACUCAGCAACGUCCUUUCACUGAAGGUCCACUCAGUUGAAGAAAAAUCCUCUAAAAUAAGCAAUAUUACAAUGGAGCAGCGAGUACCUUCUAAAGCGCCAUAA